ACCUUCGCACUUAAGGAUCAGCGCUGGGUGCCGAUACCCUGGAUAAUCGUCAUGGCUCAUUUUACUCCGGUUUUGAGUCCUAGCACCGGGUUUUGUCCAGACUGAAGCUGGAUUUAACUUUUUCAAUCUGCUCGCGGAGUUUCAACCGUUCGUCCCUCCGCUCGAACUUGCCUCCUUCGAACCUAGAAGUCAUAGCUCUUGUCACGUACAAUCUUCAAAAUGGCUUCGCUCCCCAAAGGCCUCUCGGCAAUCUUAGCAAAAGCCCCCUCGGACACAGUGAUCCUAUCAUCACUACGCACGCCCAUCUGCAGAUCGUACCGCGGCCAGCUCAAGGACGCCUACCCGGAAGAACUGCUCUCGGUUGUGCUGCGCGCCACCCUCGACGCGAACCCGAACCUGCCACCCGACCAAAUCAACGAUGUUGCCGUGGGCGUGGUGCUCUCGGAGCUGGGCGGCAGCAAGGCGGCCCGCAUGGCCAUGAACCACGUCGGGUUUCCGAACACUACGAGCUUGUGCACGGUGAACCGGGCAUGUAGUAGCAGUCUUCAGGGCAUGGUCACCAUCGCGGGAGAAAUAAGGAGUGAGAUGAUCAACGUAGGCAUUGCGGCCGGCAUGGAGAGUAUGACGAGGAAUUACGGGAGCAGAGCUAUUCCUAUGGAUUUGUGGCCCGAGUUGAAGGAGAGUUCCGUGCAGGAUGCUCGGGACUGUAUUAUGGCCAUGGGACUUACGAGCGAGAAUGUGGCGGAGCGAUAUGACGUGGGGAGAAAAGAGCAGGACGAGUUUGCCGUCGAGAGUCACCGCCGCGCCGCUAAGGCGCAAUCUGAGGGGCACUUUGAGCAGGAGAUUGUCCCGGUCAACACGAGGUUCCAGGAGGUAGAUAAGCAGGGCAACAAAAUUGGCGAGGAACAGCGAAUAACAGUCACUACGGACGACGGAAUCAGAGCCAAUGCCACCGUCGAGGGCCUCGCCAAGCUGAAGGCCGCUUUCAAGGCUGAUGGCGCGAGUACGGCCGGCAACUCGAGCCAAGUUAGUGACGGCGCCGCUGCUACGCUUCUCAUGCGACGGAGCACGGCAACAGCGCUGGGGCUCACCUCGAGCAUCAUCGGCAAGUUUGUGGCUGCCACCACGGCAGGCUGCAAGCCCGACGAGAUGGGCAUCGGCCCAGCGCUGGCCAUACCAAAGCUACUAAGCCAGCUCGAGAUCAGCACGCAGGAUGUGGACCGCUGGGAGCUAAACGAGGCCUUUGCUAGUCAGGCCAUCUACUGUGUAAGGGAGUUAGGGCUCGAGAAGGACUGGGAGCGGGGCAAAGUGAACCCUGAUGGUGGCGCUAUUGCGCUGGGACACCCUCUGGGGGCCACGGGUGCAAGAAUGACAAGCACGUUAAUACAUGGACUUAAGAGGAGUGAAGGGCAGGUGGGUGUGGUAAGUAUGUGUGUCGGUACAGGGAUGGGUAUGGCGGGGCUGUUUGUCAGGGAGUAGGACAUGUUGUGUGUACAUAUUUAUGCAUAUAUUCUGCGUAUUCGUUGUAUCGAAAGAACGGUGCAGCCCGAAUGAAAUUGGCGAAUCCUGAGUUCUUUGACCGGG